AUGGUGUUGGCUGAGAUGCCUCCAAGCAAACAUUGGCAAGACCUGGCAUUCCUGCAACAGCAGUUGAUGACUGCCCUAGUGGAGAGCUCAACUGCGGCAACAUACACCGUUGGUGAGAGCUCCAGCUGGCAGUGUCGCUUCUGGCAGUGCCAGCUUCUAUGCCAACUAGGCCAUGAAACAUAUCUUCAUGGUGGGAGACUCUCUAGUUUUGGAAUAUCUGAUUUAGUCAUCUUGAUGGUCCCCAGUUUUCAACUUUUCCACGGAGCACACGAUGUCACCACAGUGACUGAGGCUGAUUUCAACAGCUGCAAUUCCGCCCACCCAAUUGCUCUUCAGACCACUGGUCCAGCAGCAACCAUCAAGCUAAACUCAACCGGCAUGCACUACUAUAUCUGCACCAUCGCCAACCACUGCUCCCUCGGCCAAAAGUUAAGCAUUAAUGUUACUUCUGCUUCCACUCCAAGCGGCAGCCAGCCGCCGCCGGCAGCUGGUUGCCCUACCUCUCCACCCACCACCACUGCUCCUCCUCUGCCAUCCAUCUCUGCCCCAGCCCCGGUGGGAAUGGUCCCACCGCCUUUUUCAUCCUCAUGUCCAUUGCCAUAG